AUGAGUCGAAAGAUUAGUGAAAGAAAAUAUAUCACAUACAAUAUUGCAUCUCUCUUUAAAUUUUAUGAGACUACAUUUGCCACAAUAAGUUUUGAUUGGAUAGAGACCCACUCAAGUGCUGCAAAAAUAACAAAAUCAGCAGAUAACUCUGGAAUUGUUCUUUUUGAUUCCAAAGGAACUAGAUUAUCAGAUGACCAGGAAAUAUGGCAAAUGGAAGUGGCUGGGCCACCCUGGAACCCUACCACCACACAUACUAUAAAUGAUACUAAAAAAACAUUUCAAUCAGACAUCCUUAAUUUAGUGUCCAUAUUACGGAAUAAUUUGGAUUGUAGUAUUGAUUUGGCAACAAAGAUCAAAGUUUUUUGCACACAAGCAAUCAGUACUCGCCUCACACUUUAUGCAUUGAAUAUGCUCCCAGAUGGCCGGUUUCUUGCCACAGAAUUGGCCUCUGCCAUUAUUCCCUUUUCCUGGAGUGGUCGUAGCAAAUACAAAGUGAUUUUACUAAUGAUGUCAAUUUUCCAUGAGGAGCUUACCAAACAGGAAGAAUUAAUGGAGGAAAUCAGCUUAUGUUCAUCAUCAACAAAUGGAAUAACAGUUCGUCAAGUAUUGAGAUUGCUAGCAGAG